AUGGACCCAAAGAACCUGGAACCAUUUUCUGCGAUGAACAUUUAUGUCACAACGAAAAAUGUCCCGAGCCAAUCCUCAGUUACGAUACAUGGUGGUGUGAAAAACACUCCCCCUGCCCCAUCAAAUCCUGCACCACCCCCCGCUACCACUCCACCGGCACCUGCCGCACGCACGCCUGCCAAUUCCCCAAAUGUCCCUUUCCGCAAUACCUCCCCUCUUCCUACUGCAGCGGGCACAAAUGCCACGUGGACAAUUGUCUGCGCAUGCGCACGCCCACGAAUCGUUUUUGCGAUCGCCACGAGUGUACCAAGGCAAACUGUUGGAAGUUGA